GGGAUCUUUUUUGUUUUUAAUGCAGGCUGGGGGGACCUGAUCCUCUGGACUACGUUAGCAUGUACAGAAACGUGGGAAACCCGGCGCUGAACGUUCCUGAGCACUGGCACUACGUCAGCUUCGGGCUGAGUGACUUGUACGGAGACAACAGAGUGCACGAGUUUACGGGAACAGAUGGACCAAGUGGUUUCGGAUUUGAGUUGACAUUUCGACUAAAGAGAGAAACAGGAGAGUCGGCACCACCUACCUGGCCAGCGGAGUUAAUGCAAGGCUUAGCCAGAUACGUCUUCCAGUCAGAAAACACCUUCUGCAGCGGUGACCAUGUGUCGUGGCACAGCCCUUUGGACAACAGUGAAUCAAGAAUCCAGCACAUGUUACUGACAGAAGACCCUCAGAUGCAGCCAGUGCAGACUCCUUUUGGGGUCGUCACUUUCCUACAGAUUGUUGGGGUUUGCACUGAGGAACUGCAUGCAGCUCAGCAAUGGAACGGGCAAGGGAUCUUGGAGCUGCUUCGGACUGUGCCAGUAGCUGGAGGACCCUGGCUGAUAACAGAUAUGCGAAGAGGAGAAACGAUAUUUGAAAUUGACCCACAUCUGCAACAGGAGAGAGUCGACAAAGGGAUCGAGACAGAUGGCUCAAACCUGAGUGGAGUGAGUGCCAAAUGUGCCUGGGACGAUCUCAGCCGGCCCCCCGAGGAUGAUGAAGACAGCAGGAGCAUUUGCAUUGGGACCCAGCCACGGCGGCUCUCCGGGAAAGAUACAGAACAAAUCAGGGAGACUUUGCGGAGAGGGCUUGAGAUUAACAGCAAACCUGUUCUACCUCCAAUAAACGCACAAAGACAGAAUGGGUUGAACCAUGACCGAGCACCAAGCCGGAAGGACAGUUUAGAAAGCGAGAGCUCAGCAGCUAUCAUUCCUCACGAGCUAAUCCGCACGAGGCAGCUGGAGAGUGUACACCUGAAGUUCAACCAGGAGUCCGGAGCGCUGAUUCCCCUCUGUCUAAGGGGAAGGCUCUUACAUGGACGGCACUUUACAUAUAAAAGUAUUACAGGGGACACAGCAAUCACGUUUGUAUCAACGGGAGUAGAAGGAGCAUUUGCAACAGAAGAGCACCCCUAUGCAGCACAUGGACCGUGGUUACAAAUCCUAUUGACCGAAGAGUUCGUAGAGAGAAUGCUGGAAGAUUUAGAAGAUCUGAAUUCUCCAGAGGAGGUAAGGCUGCCUCGUUCCCGCAUCCCCCAGGUACUGCCCCAGAGAGCAACGCUGCAGCUCGCCCCGUCCCGCAGCUUGCUUUGAUCCAGCCCUGCCCUGUAGGCUCGAGGCUUUGCUAGACCUUCAUAUCUGCCGUGGGCUAAGGCACUGAGAGAAGGGAUUGCAAGAAGUGCAGGGCAGCAGUGGGAGUUCAGGGAGGUGCUGCGCAUCCUUUCCACCAGCAUUGCUCCCAACGCGGUAUCUGAGCACCCCGGGUCGUAGCGGUGCAGCCCCUGGGCCAGGACUCAGGGUUUGUCUCCAUGCUGUGGGUAACAACAUCCUCAACAGCAGCCCCCAGCACACCUCGCCUCCCCCUCUCAGGAAGGCUGAAAGCGGCGGCAGCACAUUUGCUGCCGAACAAUCUGUCCUAGGGGCCUCCUUUUUCCACUUUGGGGAGCAGACGGGGGGGUUUUCACGUCUGCUGCUUGGCCUUCACCUGCCGCCCCUGUAAGCCGGUGCACAAUGUGCAAAAGACCAUCACCAGCCUGGAAGCGUUGCAGCAGCAGCCGAGGGAGCUUUAGAAAGCUUUGCUGUGCGGUGCUAAACUUCCCCUUGCCAUGUGAUCUCUUCCUGGGGAACAUUUAACACCCUGUCUCCCAUGCAUGCCAUAUAAAUAUUCUGCCUGACUUCAAAGAGCAGUGGCAGAAAUGACAUGUAAUAUUUUUAAUCCCAUUUUUUACAGCUCCCUGCAGACUCUAAAGAAACUUUCCUUGGCUUGCCGAGCAGCCCUCCCAUCCCUCGCCCCGCUCCCCUCCCCCCAGGAAAAAUCUCAGGGCUCUAAUUAUUUAAUCCGGAGCUGAUUUAAUGCCAGGGUGUUCUUCGCUGCGUGAGCGAGGGGAGCACGCUGCCGGCCGGGCAGGGACUUUCAGGCCAGCCUUUAUCCAGUUAAACCUAAUCCAAAGCUCGUUUUUGCCGGUGACAUGGAAGCCCGGGAGCUCUUGGUCUGCAGGCCCUGCAGUUAAGGCUUCGCACGGCUCGCGUUGCUCUCCGCUGAGAGGCAAAGGCACUGGGCAUGGCAGCUCCUGGCACAGCAUGCGGCCGCUCGCCCCCGAGCUGCUGGGACUUUGCUAAAUUAAAAAGCGAAAAACAAACAAACGCGAAGGAUGGCUUCUCCGAGAGGAGCGCUUUGGAACCGCUGCUGUUUACGAAAAGGAAAAA